AUGGACCCACUUUUCCACCGUCCAACGCCCGACGAAAUCUGCCUCAUCCUCGGCCAAAUUGCUGAAAAUGAUGAGCGGAUUGCGAUCAUUGACAACGAGCUCAAAUUACUCCAACAACGUCGUCUUCAUCUCGCCAACGCCAACGCCAGUCUGCGCUCGCGGCUGGCACCCGUGCGUCGCCUCACGUUUGAUGUGCUUUCCCUCAUCUUUCGUCACCACGUCCACAUUUAUGACGGGGACCCGUGGACGCUCGCACAUGUCUCCAGGACCUGGAGAUCCGCCGCGUUUGCAGACCGUGCACUUUGGACUGGCCUUCACGUCCAGCUCUGCCCUAUUCUCCCGAGUGCUCCUCCUGAGAACAGGCGUAUAACAGGCCGAGAAUACUGUUCAAAUAUCACACAGCUCGAUCUUGCACUUCGUAGAGCAUCCAACCAUGGCUUGGACGUCAAGAUUGCAUCCCCCUCGGCCUUUCCGACCGUCGUUCGUGCACACGUCGUCGACAUGCUCCAUCUCAUCUCACAGCACAUGGGUCGCUGGAAUUCGCUCGAGAUUGAGGGCUCCAUCUCUCGUCUGCCUGGAUUAAACGCCUCUCCUCCGUCCAACCUCGAACGUCUUACACUCAAGACCAGGGACACUUCCCUCCUUCAGCUCAUAAACAACUCGUCCAUCAACCUCAAAUCACUCACCUCAACACAAAUGGACCUCUCAAACUUUACAGCCGCCAUCUGGCUGCCCACUCUCCGUUUCCUGGACAUUACCAUUCCAAUCGACCACAGGAUCCCGCCACAGACGGAAAUCCUCAAAGAUAUCUUGGCGCGUGCAGUGUUACUCGAGGAACUAACUCUAGACUUUCAUCAAAUGCAGCUCCAAGUGGGCGAACUCGUCCGCCUCCCAUCCCUUCGCAAACUGCAGCUCUACGACAUUCCUCAGCUUCUUCCGUUUGACUGUCCCAACCUCACCCACCUCCUUGUCUCAGUCGGAAAACGGCGGCCAAUCCUUACAACCGCGCCGCUGCCGACGCCUUCCAAGGCCCUUUAUCUCCCCUCUCUCCGUUCACUCACCUUUCAACACCCGAACCUUGCAGCAAUAUCGGCCAUUGUCGCUCCAAACCUUGAGCAACUCGUCAUUAGUCCCCAAGUGCGCGUGAUUGCACCUCAGUACAACGACAACGCUCUUCGUUCCAUAUGGAGCGACGAAAAGCGUGCGACUGGUACCAUGUUAUCCCCCCGUGUGCUUCACCUCGAAGACUUGCACGUGUCUGCAGAGACAAUCCGAUAUCUGCUCGGAUAUUUGCACGGCCUCGAAAACUUGACCAUCAAAUGGGUCAGAACGGACCACACGGUUGUUCUCAACAGCUUGGUAGAGUCCAUCUCCCCAGCCAAAGGCCAAGGUCCCGAUACCACAGGCAAGCUGGCCCGACCGACGCUCUGUCCAUCCCUCCAAACGCUCGUCAUCCACGACACCAGCACUCUGCGGUCCACGGAUACCAAAGCCAUGGAGGCGGCCCUUCUCAGCAUUGUAAGCAUUCGUCGGCAAUCAGGUUACCCUCUCAAAUCGGUCACUUGCAAGUGGCCGCAAGGAUGCGACAUGGACGAGUUUAAAAUUUAG